UUGUGUGUGUACCUGGACAGACUUGAUCGACAUAACCAUCGCCUCCAUCUCGACCCAACUCCAUCUCCGUCGAAAAACACACACCACACACACUCUUACUGCUACUAAACACCACACCAGCCGUCGGCCGGAGUCUGAGAGAAGGACGAGGUAAUUGCCCGGCGCGAUUUACACGGGAGGAAUCUCGUUCGGUAAUCAUUAGUAUUUGCAUAUUUGACGAUGGCGGAGCUGGCGGCGGCUGAGAUGUACGCGCCGCGUACGAUACAGGUCUGGAGGACGCUCCUGAACUGGAUGGCUUUCUUCUUCCAGAUUUUCGCUCAGAUCCUCCGCGGUACGCCGUCGUUUGGUCAGAUUUUCUCCUAUGUUGGUUUAGGUCACGGCAGUUUGCUCUCUUCCGCGCCGACGCAGUUUAAGCCUUUGGCUGUUGUUGAGCUGUCGGACUUCGCGGAGGAGCACGAAGAGGCUCCGACUGGACCGAAUCCCGCGUCUGUUCCAGUCGCCGGCGGUGGAGAGAGGACGAUUAAUUCUCCACCUUUCGAGAAGCUAACGGUGGUUCUUGAUUUGGAUGAAACUCUGGUAUGCGCAUAUGAGACGUCAAGCUUGCCAGCAAUGCUACGCAGUCAGGCCACAGAAGCUGGUAUAAAAUGGUUUGAACUAGAAUGCAUCUCUUCUGACAAGGAAUUCGAAGGCAAACCUAAGAUCAACUACGUGACAGUUUUUGAACGUCCCGGACUGAAAGAAUUUCUUAGCCAACUUAGUGAAUUUGCUGAUCUAGUAUUGUUUACAGCUGGACUUGAAGGCUAUGCUAGACCUCUUGUUGAUAAACUAGAUGGAGGAAAUCGAUUCAGUCGUAGACUGUAUCGGCCUUCUACCACUAGCACGGAGUAUCGCGAACACGUAAAGGAUUUAUCUUCCUUGUCCAAAGAUUUCUGCAGAAUAGUUAUUGUCGACAAUAACCCAUUUAGUUUCUUAUUGCAACCAUUAAAUGGAAUUCCAUGCAUACCCUUUUCUCCAGGACAACCGCACGACGAGCAGCUUUUGGAAGUUAUCCUUCCGUUGCUCAAGCAUCUUUCUCUGCAAAAGGAUGUAAGACCCGUUCUCUAUGAAAGAUUCCACAUGCCCGAGUGGUUUCAGAAACACGGGAUUCCUGCUAGUGGAUGGACAACAUAGGAUAAAGUUGUCAAAAUAAAAUUCAUCUGUCGAUGCCUGUCUUAUAAUAUAUUAUAAGCGCCCUUUAGGUAAUUUAUUCUUUUCACAAGUCGAGUGUCUCUAAAGCUGGAGCCCCAGAAAUUUUGUACAGCAAUUGUCCGGUGCAUUUGAAUCAGCCAGCCAUUGAUGAAGUCCUAAAUUAUCUCAAAAGUCUUGCGAUCAGAGGAAUUCUGUCCUACACGAUCAGACAAUUGUACAAUUGUGAAAAAGUAAGUUUCGUAUUUAAUGAAGUUUCCAACAUUACGUGAUGUGUAUCUCUGUAGUAAUGCAUACUGUUGUUGAUACGAUGAAUUAUUUGCUGUUACAAAGCUUUCGUUUGAGUCGCCGUCUGUAUAAUAGAUUUUGUGACAUUUGAAAUGGAAUAUUUUUGUACAUACCUCGUCACAUUUCUGAUAAUUUAUCG